CCAAACAAUUGGGUCGUCAUCGUCGUCUCGUCUCCCUCCCUUUCAAUUUCAUUGACGAACCAAAGAAAAAAAAAAGGUUUUAGUCACUUCACUUCUACGGCUACUCCCAUGGCGGCUUCAUUCUCUUCCACUGCUCCCACGACACCGGCCCUUCGGUUCAGAGCGAGUUACUCCAAGUCUCUCCUCUCUCUCCCAGAUUCGUGUUUGAGGAUAAUCGCUUCAGCGAGAUCUCCCUCCGCACGCUUAAUUGCGUGUUCGUUAAGGACCGGCAAGCUUGGGCUCGGUGCGGGCGUCCAUCUCUCCGGUGGCCCCGUUGUCAAGCGGUCUCUACAGAAGAGAUUGGUGAUAAGGUCUGCAACUAUUGAAGAAAUAGAAGCCGAGAAGUCUGCAAUUGAGAAUGAUGUUAAAUCAAAGAUGGAGAAGACCAUUGACACGCUUCGUACCAGUUUCAAUUCCAUAAGGACAGGGAGAUCCAAUGCAGCUAUGCUAGACAAGAUUGAGGUGGAAUACUACGGAAGUCCAGUAAGUCUGAAAAGCAUUGCCCAAAUCAGUACCCCCGAUGGAAGUUCUCUUUUGCUACAGCCUUAUGACAAGUCCAGCUUGAAGGCUAUAGAGAAGGCCAUCGUCAACUCUGAUCUUGGAGUGAGUCCUAAUAACGAUGGAGAUGUGAUUCGAUUGUCCUUGCCUCCCCUCACAUCUGAGAGAAGAAAGGAACUAGCAAAGGUUGUUGCAAAACAGUCUGAAGAAGGAAAGGUUGCACUGAGGAACAUAAGGAGAGAUGCCUUGAAAUCUUAUGAUAAGCUCGAGAAGGAGAAGAAGCUCUCAGAAGACAACGUGAAGGAUUUGUCAAGUGAUUUGCAGAAACUAAUUGAUAUAUACAUGAAGAAGAUAGAGGAGCUGUGCAAACAGAAAGAGAAGGAAUUGAUGAAGGUUUGACCGUAAUAAUGGUUUGUAAGGAGGACGUAACUCAACCAUCUGGUAAAAUCCUGCAUUCCCAACUCCUUGGUAUUAGUUUUUGUUUGUGUCAAUGGCUCUGGUCUACUUAGUUUCUAUUACUUUUUUCUCUGUUGUAUCUUGGGGUACAAGAAAUGCCUCUGGGAACUGAGAGCAACUUUGUUUAAGUCUACUUUCAGUUGCAAAAGUUAGAAGAAGAAGCCUCAUGUUUUGUUUUUGUUAUUAUUAUUAAAGGAACCCUUUUUGUACAGCAAACUUCUUGUUAAUUUGGUUCAGCAACCAAAUUAUCAAAUCUUCUUGUUUUUGGCUUA